CCCUAGUUCUCAGCUUCCCAACUCUUCGACCAUGGAGGAGGAGUCGUCCGAGAUGCGACGCCAAAGGCUUCGAGCUCUCCGCAUGGACGCCGAUGGCGCCUCCGCCCCAUCACCUUCUUCUCCUCUGCCUCGUCUCUUCAACCCCCUUCUCCAUGAUCCCCCUUUUUCCUCGCCGGGGAUCGAUAGUACUCCGCCGUCUUCCAGAUUCGAUUACUACACUGACCCCAUGUCCGCCUUCUCUGGAUCCAAGAGGAAAGGCGCCUUUCCCCCGUAUAAUACUGGUUUCUCAUCUUCGCCUGUGUCUCGGCCUCCUCCGCCUUCCCCCUCUUCUGGCGGACCAAGGAACUUCCAGAUGGCUGCCAGUCAUGCCCCCGCCCAACAAUUUCAGGUGAACCAGUCACCUAAUCAGAACUUGCAGAUGCAUUAUCCACCGCAUACCCCAAUGAACCAGUCACCUAAUCAGAACUUGCAGAUGCAUUAUCCACCACAUACCCCAAUCCAACAAUUUCAUGUGAACCAAUCUCCUAAUCAAAGUUCACAGAUUUACUAUCCACCAGGUGGUUCAUGGAGACACCCGGGUCAAUUUGGAGCGCCCUGCUCAGGGUAUAGAGGAUCUCCUAAUUCUUCUGUACCACGGGGACCUACAUAUAACUCCGGGGGUGGGUUUACAAGCCCAACCUGGGGAAGUUCAGGAAGGGGAAGAAAUCCAAUGGGUUAUUCCGGUAGAGGCAGCUUUCAUUCUAACCAUGAAAGUCGACAUAGAAACAGUCUGAGUCCUGGAUGGAGCCAUGGUGGAAGAGGUCCGGGUGGUUCUUCAGCUCAGCAGGAGACCGGGCAAUUGUACAACAAGUCUAUGCUUGUAGAUCCUUGGCAAAACUUGAAACCUGUAGUUGGGAAUAUCCUUGUGCCUUUAGCUGGCCCUGAUUUCUGGCUCCCAAAAUCUUUGCAGGCAAAGAAAGCCAAAGUAGUUGAAAGUGGCACUGAAACUAGUAAUAAUUCUCAUCAGUCAAGUCUUGCUGAAUACCUUGCACUAUCUUUGGAAGAGGCUAUUAAUAACGCAACAGAUGUUCAAGAUUAAGUCCUUAAUUUUAUUGUCAUAAGCUUUUUUAGCAAUGGCUACAUAUUUAUUUCAAUAUAAAAUUGUUUUAUCCCAAUUUAUCUAUUUUUAUUGGAUUU